AUGGAAGAUUUUCAUAAAGAAGAGUUAUCUUUGUUCACUUCACCCCCAGCAGCCACGACAGUACAAUCGAGAGAGUGGAUCACUUAUCGUCCAGUAAAUCAAGUCACCACCUUAUCGGCACUUGAAUUUAACAUACCCGGUCAGUCUUCGGCGUAUUUGGAUCUGAAAAGAAGCGUGUUGAACCUUAAACUGCAAAUUGUGAAAGGCGAUGGCGCCGCUGUUAGCGCCGACGAAAUAGUUGGUCCAAUCAAUCUACCAUUUCACACCGUUUUCAGUCAGGUUGAUGUAUCUUUACAGCAGACCCCUUUGUCACAUACAGGAAUCAAUUACCCCUACAAAGCCUACAUAGACACGAUUUUAAAGUCAAACCGAAACAUACAGGAAAAUCUGUUAACAAGUCAACAGUAUUAUAAAGAUACCGGAAACGUUGGCACCAAUGACGGUAAAACAGGAAAUAAUAACGGGUUGUUUCUCAGAUGUGCGCUAUUUAAAGGUAGUAAAAUUGUGGAAAUGGAAGGACCAUUACAUAUUGAUUUGUUUCAACAACCCAGAUUACUCAUCAAUGGAGUCGCUGUAGGCAUUAAACUACAUCUUAACCGUGACGCCUUCACAUUAAUCACUGACAGCCCUUCUCCUGACUAUCGCGUGAAAAUAGCGGACGCUUAUUUCAAACUCUGUAUUCAGCGGAUGAAAAGUGACGUAUUAGUAGCGCACGACAAUCUCAUUCAAGACAUGUCAGCCAUUUACCCUUACUUACGUACAGAGAUCAAGACGACGUCCAUUGCUUCGGGUCAAUUUAGUUACAGCGCAGACGAUAUAUUUCAAGGACUUGUACCAUGUAAAUUGAUAGUAGGCCUCGUUCCUAGUGUGGCAUUUAAUGGCGAUUAUGCACACAACCCAUUCAACUUCAAGCAUUAUAACUGUAGUUCCAUCGGCCUAUACGUCGAUGGACAAUCCGUGCCUUCACAACCGAUGCAACCAAAUUAUUCGGCGGAUCAAUACAUGGAGUGUUACAGAACAUUGACUCUGUUUAGGAACGACAUUAACAUUUCAGACCAAGAUUAUAAGAAGGGAUAUUGUCUGUACGCUAUUGAUGUAGAUCCUUACUACUCAUUUAGCACUAAAAAGAAGGGACAUUGUCGACUAGAAAUCAAAUUUGCUGAGGCAUUACCAGAGAGUGUGACACUGAUUAUGUACGCCACGUUCCCAGAAGUACUCCAUAUCAACAGAGCCAGGGGAGUCUAUUUCAAAUGA